AUGUUGAUGAUGUGCAUCUUAGUAUCUUGUUUCUUUAUACCUUUAUCAACAUACGCCGCAACCACUCAUACGGUAACAGUUGGUCCAGGAGAUAUUUUCACCCCUCAAAAUGUUACUGCUAGCCCGGGUGAUACGAUAACUUGGAACUGGGCUGGUGGCGAUCACGACGUUGUUCAAACAGAUUCAGCUGGUUCUUGCUCAAAAUCUACUGAUUCUAGUGCCUUCCAAUCAACGGUGAGCCCAUCAUCCUAUUCAGUCACGGUCAACAAAACCUCUGGUUUUUAUUACUACAUGUGUAGCGUAGGCAACCAUUGUGCAAAUGGUAUGUGGGGUGUUAUUCUGAUUAGUGGUAGUGGUUCAACUCCUUCAGGAUCAGCCGCACCUGCAUCACCUACUGGUGGUAGUAGUAGUGGUGAUGGUAGUCCAACUGGUGGCAGCUCCUCCUCAUCAUCCCCGAAAGUAUCAUCGGGUACUAAAAAUGUUAAUAAUUUCAUGGUGAUUUAUGGUACUAUUUUGGCUUGUAUUUUAGCCUUUUUAUCUGGGAUGUUGUAUUAA